GAGCGCGCGCAUAGGCAGGAAGCGGAGGGAAGGAGCGGAGGCAGCUCAGUCGCCAGCGGAGCCCCGGACGGUGGAUGAACGGAGCGGCGUCGCGCUCGUCGCUUACCUCCCUCCCUCCCCCCCAGCAGCGGAACGCGGCCCCUCACCUGCGAGACGAUGAUGCUCCGACUGCUGUACCUGCUCGGGGUGCUGGUCUGCAGCGGCCAAGCUGCCCUGCAAGUCUCCAUAUCCCUGAAGAAAGUGGAGUUAAGUGUUGGAGAGUCCAAGUUCUUCAUCUGCACAGCCAUCGGUGAGCCGGUAAGGCUGGAGUGGUUCAACCCCCAGGGCGAACGCAUCGUGGCGUCCAAGCGCAUGAUGCUCCACACGGAGCCGUCACGGUCCAAGCUGGUCAUCUACAACGCCAUCAUCGAGGACGCGGGCAUCUACCGCUGCCAGGCCACAGAGGCCAGCGGGCUCACGGCCGAGGCCUCAGUGGUGUUGGAGAUUUACCAGAGGCUGACUUUCCGGGACGUCGAGUCGCCGCAGGAGUUUCGCCACGGCGACACGGCGGAGGUGGUGUGCGAUGUCAUCAGUUCCCCUGUGCCAGUGGUGGUGUGGUACCGCCAGGACCGAGAAAUCACAGACCAAUACCACAGCAGGUUUCAGGUUUUGCCAAACAACAACCUGCAGAUCCAUCAGGUGACCAAGGCCGAUGAGGGCGUGUACCGCUGCGAAGCUAGUGUGGAGGCCCGUGGCGAGAUCGACUUCGUGGACAUCGCCGUGGUGGUCAACGUGCCUCCGGUGCUGUCGGUGUUCCAGCAGUCCUUUAACGCCACGGCGGACUACCAGGAGUCAGUCACCUUCACCUGCAUCACUUCAGGUUCUCCUGAACCGGCCGUCACGUGGCACAGAAAAGGUCAGCAGCUAGAGCCAUCAGAGCAGUACACUUUCGACAAGAAGGAGGGCGGUCGGAGUACGUUAACCAUCCGCAACAUCCGCCAGACCGAUGGAGGAGCCUACGCCUGCAAGGCCACCAACAAGGCGGGAUCCCAGGAAAGGGAGCUCUUCCUCAAAGUGUUUGUCCAGCCGCACAUCACCCAGCUGAAGAACGUGACGGCGGUGGAGGGCAGCGCCGCCAUGAUCUCCUGCGUGGCUGAGGGCGAGCCUCUGCCGGAUAUUUCCUGGAGACGGGCCAGCGACGGGCAGAGCUUCAUGGAUGGAGUCAAGAACCGAGACGGGCGCUUUGAGGUUCGAGGUCGUCACGGUAAAUCGGUGCUGACCAUCAGCGGCGUGCGGCUCACGGACUUGGGUCGGUUUGACUGCGAGGCGCAGAGCAGGAUAGGAGGUCAUCAGAAGAGCAUGUUUCUGGACAUUGAAUAUGUUCCCAAAUUCCUGACCAACCAGAGCAUUUUUUACUCCUGGGAGGGAAAUCCGGUGAACAUCAGCUGCGACGUGAUGUCCAACCCGCCUGCCACCAUGCUGUGGAGGAGGGAACGCUUCACCAUCUCUGAGGUCACCCCCAACAUGCAGAUUCACAGAGCGGAGGGCCGCUCGGUGCUGGAGGUGACUCCCAUGUCCGACAGAGACUUUGGCCGCUACAACUGCACAGCCCGGAACAACAUCGGAGUUCGAUACCAAGAGUUCAUUCUGGCCCAGGCAGAUGUCCCUUCAAAUCCAUACUCAGUGCGUCUGUCGGCCGUCUCACAGCGCUUGGCGACGGUCACGUUCUUGAAGCCAGACUCUCACGGUGGAGUGCCUAUCAGUUACUACCUGGUCCAGUAUAAAGAAGUGGGUUCUCAGGACUGGAGGGACGUGAAGUCACACAGUGUUCAGACCACGGUGGUGCUCACGGGACUGGAGCCCAACACCACCUAUGAGGUCCGGGUGGCCGCCGUCAACGGGAAGGGUCAGGGCGAGUUCAGCCACACCGAGAGCUUCCAGACUUUAGCCAUCCGAGAACCGAGUCCACCGGCGGUCCACGGCCAGAAAGGGAUUGGGAAGACAUACCGGCUGGGUCUGGUCAAGCAGGAUGAUGGCGGGAUGCCCAUCCUGGAAUAUAUAGUCAAGUACAAAACGGACAAAGAGGAGCAGUGGAUGACCAAGCUGGUUCCCGGCGCCAACGACUUCGCCAUGCUGCAGUCGCUGCAGUGGAACACCAGAUAUGAAGUGGAAAUCACAGCGCGCAACGUCAAGGGCCUGUCGGAGCCCACCUUCUACCAGUUCUUCAUGCCGCAGAAGCCGGACGUUACAGCAGAAUCCCUGUUCAGCGGCCUGGGCUACGGCGCUGUGGUUGGGCUGGGCCUGGGCGCGCUGCUGCUGCUCCUGGUGCUGGUGGACGUCAGCUGCUUCUUCCUGCGCCACUGCGGCCUGCUGAUGUGCAUCACGCGCUCGCUGUGCAGCAAGAAGACCGCCACCAGCAGCAAGGGCAAGGAGAUGGAGGAGGGCAAGGCCGCCUACCUGUACACCUUCAACAGCCGCCCCACCGCCCUUUCGACCACAGAAGCUACCGCUGAAGGAAGAGAAUGGAAAAGAGUCUCUCAAGCCAGAUACCAUUGAAAUCAAGGUGCACGGCGACAACAGCCUCCACAUAAAGCCAGACGACAGCAAAGCGUAAAAAAAAAGGGGGGGGAGGAGUCAGUCCUGCCGGUGCCACUAAAAGAACCUUCGGACCACGAGACCAAAACCGAGAGAAGCUACCACACUGGAGGAACGGACGUGUAAAUAAGAAGUUCUACAGAGAAAAUAGGAAGUGUUUACGUUGUUCUCAUGGGGUCAGUGGGAGGAGCUUAUUGAUGGAUGAUUGUACAUUAUUUCUUCGCCUUUAUUCGUCUGUUGAGGGUGAAUUCUCCAGUUCUGCUUUUGUUUUUGCCCAUAGAAGAUUUCCAGUUGAUGUCUGUGAACCCCCUCCCCCCCCAUAAAGCCCUUUAAGGGUGAAGGUUCCACGCCCGAUGCAACAAAAACGUCUGCCUUCAACAGCCGGACUGAAUGUGAGCGGCAGGUCAAGCAGACCUGCUUUUCUUGGAGGAGCGGGGAAAAAAUAAUUAAACAAACUUUUAUGUUGUUGUCACGGAGACGGAGGUUGGAGGACGAUGGCGCCGAAGAGCACGAGAUACGGCAACACUCCUUCGUUUUGAUUUGGGAAACACUCUCUUCUCUCUGGUGUUGUGUGUUGUACAUAGGUGGGAAAAAAAGAAGAAUAUUUUACAGAGCUUUUAUGUAAAUAUACUCUAAAGGAUGUCUCUCCUUCCUGAUGCAAACAGCUUCUUUUGUCAGCGUUUCUCCUCCUUUUGUUGUUUUUUUCCCCCCGUUGUGUUUUGGUCUAAAGUUCAGUGAUGGUGUAAAAUUGCUUUUCCACUCAUUUGCUUUUCCUUAAGACCCCCCCCCCCCACCCGACCCUGAGGCGUCCUCACAUCUCAUUGGAGGCAGUAAUUACUGCACUCCUCCAGCAGCCCCCCCCCCCCUCCAUCUCCUCAUCUUUGAUUUUUUUUUUGUGUCGUUCCUACGUUGAUGGUGAAUUCUGGGAAAUGUAGUCUUGAAGCCGCCGCCGCUGGAUGACUGCAGCUUUGUGACACUGCGCCGUGUGUUGAAUGUAUCUUCAUGUUUGUUUUUCCUCGUUGUUCCCUCCUCCUCGCGUCUUUGGGGGGGACGCCUACAUGCGGGGCCUGCUCCUCUGUGCAUGUGUUGCAAACCCCCCACCCCCCACAUUCAGAAGAGAACGGUCGUGCCGUGGAGCCCCCCCUUCCUGUAAAUAGGGGAACACAGUGCCUGGAGGCCAAACAAAUUGUACAUGUUUUUUUGUAUUUGGAUAUAUGUCUAUAAAGCCCCGCCCCUCUUUCCUACAGUCCUGUUUUUUUCCUGUACGGGAGGGGGGUGGGGUGCAAAACCAAAUGUUUGAGCUCAGUGUACAGUGUGUGUCCUCUCUGCCCCCCCCCCUGCCCUUCAGACUGUCCCCCCGCUGGAUGUGCUUUGUGCAGGAGGUGGGAUCUAUUGAUGUCUGUACGUUACCUGUGGACUAUCGUGACUCCUCCCAUUUGCCGCUGUAAAUAAAAACAUGUCCUGUAGAAGCCAGUGA